AGUCGAUAAUUUUGCACGUUUCAAUGCGAAUAGCGGCAUGAUACGAAGAAGAAGACGCAUUUGCAAUUGGCGCAUCUCUAAUGCCGUGUUUAUUUUGAGAGAUUGUGCAUAAAACUCCGCUUAAAUAAAAAAACUAUUGUUCAUAUAAAAGAAACUCUAUCAAUUAACUCGUAAACUUAGCAUGGAACGGCCACAGAAAAUGCCCAAAGUGGCAAAGGUGAAAAAUAAAGCGCCCGCCGAGGUGCAAAUUACCGCGGAGCAACUGCUGCGCGAAGCAAAAGAACGCGACUUGGAGAUAUUGCCACCGCCGCCCAAACAAAAAAUUUCCGAUCCCGCCGAAUUAGCCGACUACCAGCAGAGGAAGCGCAAAACAUUUGAGGAUAAUCUACGCAAGAAUCGCAUGGUGGUCAGCCACUGGAUCAAGUACGCGCAAUGGGAGGAGCAACAGCAGGAGAUACAGCGUGCGCGCUCCAUAUGGGAGCGGGCGUUGGACAACGAACAUCGUAACGUAACCAUUUGGCUGAAAUAUGCCGAAAUGGAAAUGAAGAACAAACAGGUGAAUCAUGCGCGAAACCUUUGGGAUCGUGCUGUCACCAUAAUGCCACGGGUCAAUCAGUUCUGGUAUAAGUACACCUACAUGGAGGAGAUGCUGGAUAAUGUGGCUGGUGCACGGCAGGUCUUUGAACGCUGGAUGGAAUGGCAGCCGGAGGAGCAAGCCUGGCAGACUUACGUAAAUUUCGAACUGCGCUACAAGGAAAUCGAUCGAGCACGCGAGGUGUACGAACGUUUCGUUUAUGUUCAUCCCGAUGUAAAGAACUGGAUCAAAUUUGCACGCUUCGAGGAGACACAUGGCUUCAUACAUGGCGCCCGUCGUGUCUUCGAGCGUGCCGUCGAGUUCUUUGGCGAUGAGUACAUCGAGGAGCGUCUGUUUAUUGCGUUCGCUCGCUUCGAGGAGGGUCAGAAGGAGCACGAUCGUGCGCGCAUCAUUUACAAAUAUGCGCUCGAGCAUCUGCCCAAGGAUCGAACGCCGGAGCUCUUCAAGGCCUACACGAUACACGAGAAGAAGUAUGGUGAUCGGGCGGGCAUCGAGGAUGUGAUCGUAUCCAAGCGCAAGCAUCAAUAUGAACAGGAGGUGGCCGCCAAUCCGACCAACUAUGAUGCCUGGUUCGAUUAUCUGCGCUUGAUCGAGGCCGACAGCGACAAGGAGCUGAUACGCGAGACCUACGAGCGUGCCAUCGCUAACGUGCCGCCCGCCAAAGAGAAGAACUACUGGCGUCGCUACAUUUACAUCUGGAUCAACUAUGCGCUGUACGAGGAGCUCGAGACGGAGGAUAUACAGCGCACGAGGGAGAUCUACAAGACCUGCCUGGAGCUAAUACCUCACAAGGUGUUCACGUUCAGCAAGAUCUGGCUGCUGUACGCCCAGUUCGAGCUGCGCUGCAAGGAGCUGCAGCAGGCGCGCAAAUCCUUGGGCAUGGCCAUCGGCAUGUGCCCCAGGGAUAAACUGUUUCGCGGCUAUAUCGAUCUGGAGAUACAGCUCCGCGAAUUUGAGCGCUGUCGCUUGCUCUACGAGAAGUUUUUGGAGUUUGGUCCCGAGAACUGUGUCACAUGGAUGAAAUUUGCCGAGCUGGAGAAUCUGCUGGGCGACACGGAGCGUGCGAGGGCCAUAUUCGAGCUGGCCGUGCAGCAGCCGCGUCUCGAUAUGCCCGAGCUGCUGUGGAAGGCGUACAUCGACUUUGAGGUCGCCCUCGGCGAAACGGAGCUGGCACGCCAGCUGUACGAGCGCCUGCUCGAGCGCACGCAGCACGUGAAGGUCUGGAUGUCGUUUGCCAAAUUCGAGAUGGGCAUCAAUCAUGGCCAGGCUGAUGGCGAUGCCGCUGCCGAUGCCGAUGCCGAUAUGAACGUACGUCUAGCACGGCGCAUCUACGAGCGAGCCAACGAUAUGCUGCGUCAGCUGAACGACAAGGAGUCGCGUGUGCUGCUCCUGGAGGCGUGGCGGGACUUUGAGCGCGAGGUCAAUGAUGCACAGUCGCUGCAAAAGGUACUGGACAAGAUGCCGCGUCGCAUCAAGCGGCGACAGAAGAUCGUGUCCGACGAGGGCGUCGAGGAGGGCUGGGAGGAGAUCUUCGAUUAUAUAUUCCCCGAGGACGAGAUGGCGCGACCCAAUCUCAAGCUCCUCGCCGCCGCCAAAAUGUGGAAGAAGCAAAAGCACAACGACAUGGACAAGGCAACUGAACCAGCCGCAGCGGAACCUGCAGCAGCAGCAGCAGCAGAUCCAGCUGAGGCAUAGAGUGAUAGCAUCCAUCUGUUCCCAAUGCCCACAAAUAAAAACUCUCAUGUCACUUUUAUAUAAAGACACAGAUUAGACUCAAUAUUUGUACAAUCAAUACAGUGCUAACUCGCUAAAGGCAACUUGCACACAUUUUAGUGUAAUACUGAAUAAGAUCAACGGACUUUCUGCGAAA